AUAAACAUAACAGAACUGACAUUGACAACAACUGGAGAAACAAGAGGUCUUACCGUGUGUUUUAUGGAAAGUCGUGAAGAGAGAAAACAAAAUGAGGAAGGAAAUAUUGUAAACAAGUUAGUGGCGGUGGAUGCCAAUGGUCGGCAAGUACAGAUGGUGUCGAAGUUCUCUCACUCAUCCGUUUCUGAUGUCGAGGAAAAGCUGUGUCUUGGUCCCCUGCAUCUCGACCUUGACUUCGACCUGAGUAACAAGGUCUGGAUUCUUGUGUCACGUGAGAAUCUCGACACCCAAGAAACUCUGUCUGGAGGCGCUGAGCUUUUCCUUUUGGACCUCAAUGACGUGAGCCAAGUGGGCGCGAAGACCUUGCGGGCGACUUGGACCAACAGGAACGGCGCCCCAGCUUCGAGGUCGGGAUGGGCGUCGGCGACUUCAUGUCCGUGGAGUGUGGCAUUGGGGAGGACGCCAAAGAAGAGUGCUUGCGAUACCUCCAUGCGGAAGGCACAAGCAAGCAAGUCACAGUUACGUUGAGGGAGAUUGGGCUUAGUGUGCAACAAGAAGUGCAGGUUACCUUUACAUUGAAGGAAUUAACAGACAUAAGAAUAACCAAGACGGAACUAAAUCGGGACAGUCGUCUGCGCGUGUGCUUUGAGUCCGACUCAAGGACUCGCUUUACCUCCUGGCCUUGGAGAACGAGGAGGGCGACGUCCAGGAGUCCCCCCAGCUUCACCCCUACGUGGAGGACGGCCUCACCUGCGUGUUGAGCAAUGACGCGAUACAGGAAGAAGGAUACGUGGCAUUGCGGACUCUCUUAACAGCCUACGACGUCUCUGGUACAGAAGUGCAAGCCUCUGGAGUACUAACGUCACUGGCAUUUUCCUGAAUCCCAGAAGCAAAGUCAGCGCGGCCUUGAACUCCGACACGUACGGCCUCCUCGUGUCCUGGUUCCUCUCGGCGACCCAGCAGCAUCAGCUCCUACGACGUGGCGCUCGAGGAGACCGCGGCAGGAGGCAGCAACAAGCCGGUGACCGUAGGAAACACUGAAUCGUCCCUCGUCUUCAGCGACACGAAGCCGGGACGCUACUCCGUGUGCGUCGCGGCAUCUGUGGAGGAACAUAACAUGACCAGCGGAAGAGUGUGCAGUGCUAUUCUCUCCAUACCUCAGGAGGAUGUCGUGGUCCCCAACAUCGCCGAAACAAGCCUGAAGUCCUCGGGGCCGAAGAAGGUCCUCGUGACGUGGCAGAAACCCCAAGAGGACGCCGACGUCUCCAGCUACGUCAUCACGUGGUCUUCCUCUUCCCCCGUCUCCUCAUCGCCGUCAUCGCCGUCGUCAUCCACCACCCCAGGACUUGCCAACCUCCCAGUCCUUCAUCCUCUUGGCCUCAUCCAGCGAGCCCGUCCUCUUGGCGACGACGUCCAAGACCUCUCCUUCGUGGUCCUCCCGGCGGCCACCACGAGCGUCGAAGUGGAGGACCUCGAGGCGUCGCAGAAUUAUGAAAUGUGCGUCAGUUCGGUCAAGAGCGACGUGAUGGGGACGCCGACGUGCAGUGAAGUAAAUCAAGGGGACUACCAGCCACUCGACUCUCCGAAGAACCUGACCCAUGAGGACGAGGUGCUCCGCUGGGCUGACGUCCCCGGGGCUGCGUCCUACCUGGUGGAGUGGCAAGCUGACUACGAGGGCGAACUCUCGGAAGGAGGUCUGGAGGAGGUCAACGGCACGAGCUGGCCGACGCAGGACCUUCCUCCGGGGGCGUGGGUGGUGGAGGUCAGGGCGGUGUCGGACACGAGUGCGAGCGAGACAGCGAGCAUCACGAUACGGAAAGCGGGAAUCGUGGUGGGCCAGCCGACGCAGACGAACAACAGCCACCUGGAGAUCAGCUGGUGGGAAGAGCCCGUUCCCUCCUGCCACCAACCCCCCUACGAGUACAGCAUCACCCUCUUGAUCGACGGGAGGGAGGAGAAGUAUAACCACUCGUGCUCGGGAUGCAGAGGCGAUUGCACGAAGCUGCUGGACGUGGAAGGAGCGAAGGAAAGCGUUGUGGUCAAGGUGGAGAGGGACACGAAAUCCAUUCAGGUGGAAUUGAGAGUCUACGUGUUCAAGGCCGUGCCGAGCUGCGCCAGCGCUUCUCGUCGGGCGGCGAGGAGGUGGCGCUGUCGUGGGCGCCGACGGAGGACGCCAGGCUCUACAACGUGACCCUGUUCGCCGACGCCGACCUCGUCUCCGUCAGGAAGGCCGAGACGAUCAGCCGGGAGGCAUAUACCUUGAAGGGGAGUGAUCUUGUCGGCAACGUUUUCCAAGUCCAACCCUGCGCAGAUGUACACACCUGCGGCGACUCCCAGAGGAUCAGGCUGCAGGAGCCGCCGGG